ACUCGUCCCGUCCCCUCUGGGCUGGUCGCCGUCGUCGUCGCCACCGCUCCUCCCGCCCUCCCGUCCCCCCGAUGGCCAGCCUUUGUGGGUCGGGCGGCCUCCCGUAGGCCCGCGGGCUCAGCAUCGGCCGCCGUCGCCGCGCCGCGCUACCGUGCAGUGCCGCCCAGCGCUUUCCGCAAUGGCCGCCCUCGCCCGCCCCGCGGUGGUCCCUUGCGGCCACGUCGGCGCCGCGGAUCUCGGCUGCUUCGGGGCCACGGAUCCGUACACGGAGGCCGCCGCCGAGCUCGAGGCCACCGAGAAGCUGAUCGCCUGGGCGGACGAGCUCGGCGCCCAGCAGCGCCGCUGGGCCGCUCAGCGGGAAGAGCUGCUGUCUCGGUGCCUGGCGGGGCAGCGGGCCCGCUGGCAGGCGGGGGCGGCGCAGGCGGCGGCGCUCGGCCAGGCGGCGGCGCUGCUCCGCUCCGCGCACCAGGCGCGCAUGGGCACCCUGCGGUGCGCGCUGGCGGAGGCACAGAGGCUGCUGCGGCGGGACGAGCGCGAGGCCUCCUGGCACGCCGGGGAGCUGGAGGGGGAGGAGGCCGCGGCCCUGCGCGUGGAGCGCCACCGCCUCUCGCGCGAGCGCAGGGCCCUGGAGGAGGAGCGGGCCAGGCUCGCGGCCGGCGCGCAGGCGCGGGAGCUGCGGCUGGCGGCCCUGGCCCGGCGGGAGGCCGCGCUCCUGCAGGAGAGCGGCGAGAGGCAGCGGCUGGAGGCCGCGCGCCUGGAGAUCGAGGCCGAGCGCGCGCGCCUGGCGUCGCUGGUGCCCGACGUCCACGCCGCCGUGCAGACGGAUCGCCCAGAGGCCGCGGCCGCGAGCAGCGCUGGCUACAGCGGCGACGGCUUCGAGAGCGAGGGCGCCUACACGGACGACUUCGAGGCGUCGUCCGAGGAAGCGGAGGCCCUCUCCGAGAGUCGGGCCACAUCGAGCAGCCGGGCGCAGACGCCGUCAGCGUCGCGGACAAGCGGGAGCAGCUCGCGAGCCCGUUCUCAGGCCGGCGGUCGUCGCGGAGCUGGCGCGGGGAGCUCCAGCUCCGCGUCGGAGCACGUCGCCACGCAGAGCUCCAGCUCCGUGUCGGAAGACAUCGCCAGAUCUCGCCGCGGAGGCGCUAGGAAUUCCAGUUCCGUGUCCGAGGACAUCGCCACCCAGAGCUCUAGCUCCGCGUCGCAGGACAUCGCCAGACCCCGCCGCGGAGGCACGAACAUCUUGGAUUCCGUGUCGGAGGACGUUGCCACGCAGAGCUCCAGCUCCGUGUCGAAGGACAUCGCCAGAUCUCGCCGCGGUGGCGCGAAUAGCUCGGACUCCGUGUCGGAGGACGUCGCUGGCUCCUCGGGAGCGAGUCGGCGAGGCCCGAGGAGCCCGAGCUCGGAGUCUUCAAGAGCUCGUGGCCAGAAGCAGGGAAGCUCGAGCUCUGUGUCCGAAGACAUCCCCCGCUCGGUCAGGAGCGUGACCGAGAGCGUGGCCAGCAUAUCUGGCUAAUUGAGUGCACAUGCGAUCUCUGUUGAGCGGAGGAGAUUGAAAAGCCAGACGGCUGGGGUACCUGGCUCUCGCCACUCCUGCUCCAUCGUGCACCUCAUGGGCUCGUCAUUCUGACCCGUCGUUUGAGGGUUCCUUGGUUGGGAGACCGCCUCCAGAAGCCAAAGCCGUGAACACUUUUGCCUUCAC